GGCCUGAAUAUGCCGCCCAGUCUUCUAGCAAAAAAUCUCAAUUUGAAUUUCGCUAUCCUUUCAUCAGAUACAUUAGAUACAACUAUACGGGUGUACAGUUCUUUCCAGUCAACCGAAAGGCUUCUUUGAAUCGAUUAAGAGAUCUAGCGAAACUCAUCAUCGAUGCAGCUUUGCCGAUCAAAUGCUUGGAAGCAACAAUUCUGGCUAUUUUUCUAACUCAAGGUCAAGAGGAAUUCAAGCGGUUCACCAUCUCGUUUUGCUCUGAAUUUCAAGGCCAUCCCUUCCGACACGUUGUGCUCGGGGUUUACUCGAACGGUAAAUAUGGAGCACUCGGACUAAGCCGACGCCGCGAUCUGAUGUACAAGCCCCUGGAGUACCCGAGCAUGAUUUCUCUAAUACAGAGUUACAUAAAGGCAUACUCAAAACAUCAUCACAAAUUGGUUAGGGUGAAAAUAGGCCUGCCGAUUCCACAUGAUCCUCAUCAGUUCGAAACAAUUCCUUGGAAAGGCCUAGUAAUCACGUCCAAUGCAUUCAAUCGAAACAUGGACUGCAAACAUAUUCUUGAGCAAUAUUCACGCCUGGUACGCAGACACACAGAAGCAAUUUAUGUGAAUCCUGCUGCCAUUCACCUACCAACGCUUGGUCAUGGUCUUCCAGCCCCAAACUUGCACAAGCACCCAUGGCGCCAAACACACAAAGUCAAUGUUGGUUCUGGAAGCACUAUAACUCGAAAGAAGUCGCGGCUGGUACCUGGAAGUUACCAGAAAAGGUCUACGAAGUCACCCAGAGGGAUUAAAGAGCCAAUACUGACUGAAAACAAGGAAAUAAUGAAAUCACAGGCGCCCGCGCAAUAUCAAGUGCGCGUAUGACUAGCGGAACCAUUCGUCCAGUAUGGCGCAAACUGACAGAAGUUGGCACAGAAGCCUCUCUCCUAAGUGCGUAAGAGCAGAUGUGCACAAAUGCACACUGACUUUCGGUGCAUCAGCAUGUUUC